UGAUACAAGCUCAAGAUGGCAAGAACUAGCCACAGCAACUAUGUCCUGCAGCAGCUCAACAACCAAAGAGAGUGGGGAUUCCUGUGCGACUGUUGCAUCGCUAUCGAUGACAUCUACUUCCAGGCUCACAAAGCGGUCCUGGCCGCUUGCAGCUCUUACUUCCGGAUGUUCUUUAUGAGCCAUCAGCACAGCAUGGCCCAGUUGAACCUGAGCAACAUGAAGAUCACAGCCGAAUGCUUCGAUCUCAUUUUACAGUUUAUGUACUUAGGGAAGAUCCUGACAGCCCCGGCCAACUUCGAGCAGUUCAAACUGGCGAUGAGCUCUCUGCAGCUGUACAAUGUGCCGGAAUGUUUAGAAGACAUCCAAGACACCCACUCGUCGGGCUUGCGGUGUUCCUCGUCCGCUUCCAGCUCUCAAAAUAGUAAGAUGAUCUUCGGCGUGCGGAUGUACGAAGACACGCCAACUAGGAACGGGAGCGAAGCGAACAGGUGGGGUGUGGAGCCGCCGAGUUCGACGGUGAGCACGUCCCAUAGCAGGGAGGUCGACGAGGAAGCUAUGCAGCUGAGCAAUUUCCCCGAGCAACUCUUGGAUGGUUGGAAAAGGAGUGCUGUGCCCAAGCUGUUGAGCACCAAAGACCGGGUGUCAAACUCGCGGCGCUUUGGAAGGAGCUUCACCUGCGAUGGCUGCGGGUUCAGUUUCAGCUGCGAGAGGCUGUUGGACGAGCACAUCAUGUUGUGCACUAACAGGCAUUCCUAUCAGAACGCCAAAUAUUACGAGGCCGAAAAGAAUGACUUUAAAGAGGGAGAACCCACUUCUAAAAUGCCAUCGUCUCAAUCGGACAAACAUAAAGGAAACACAAGCCAAGCCGAGGAGGGGUCUUCAUCGCCCGUCUCCACCGUAACAAGCCGAAAAGGCAGCGCUGUCUCAUCGGAGCCGUUGGGCGAAGAGCGAAGCAGAGCCUCCGAGAGGAAGAGGAUUAUCGUCAAGAUGGAGCCCGCCGACAACCACAUAGACAACCUGAAAGAGUUUAACAUCAUUAAAGUGACAGAUGGAAACGAGUCCACUGACAAUGAUGAGCUAGACGAUGAUGAGACAGUUUACAGGUACUACAUUGAGGAAGAGGUCAACGAAAGCAGGAGGGUCAGAAAAGCUCUCUUGAAAGCCCAAGUGCCUAUGGACGAAGAUGACAGGAAAUAUCUGAGAAACACGAGAGCCCUGAACAACAAAGUCAGCCCUGAUAAGGAGGAUUCUGAAAACGCGUCCUGCGAACUGUGCGGGCUGACAAUAACAGAAGAAGACCUCUCUUCGCAUUACUUAUCCAAACACAUAGAGAAUAUAUGCGCGUGUGGGAAGUGUGGCCAGAUAUUGGUCAAAGGCCGACAAUUGCAGGACCAUGCGCAGACGUGCGGAGAGCCCCAAGACCUGUCAACUAAUGGCUUAAGAAACGACGAGGAGAAACUGGACUUGGAAGAGACCUCAGAGGAACAAUCCGAAAUGCAAGAGAUGAUGUAUGUGGAAAUGCUGGACGAGUUUGGGGACGGCCAUUUCCAGAUGAACAGCCUUCCGAAGAAACAGCUGUACAGAGAUUCGGCCUGCCCUUUCCGGUGUCCUAACUGCAGCCUGCGGUUUGAAACAGAAAACUUAGUGGUUGAGCACAUGUCCAGCUGCCUAGAGCACGAUCUGUUCAAGAACACCAUGAUGGAAGAGAACGAGAGGGAUCAUCGCCGCAAACAUUUCUGCAGCCUUUGCGGGAAAGGGUUUUAUCAGCGCUGUCACUUGCGGGAACACUAUACCGUGCACACCAAGGAAAAACAGUUUGUCUGCCAGACGUGCGGGAAGCAGUUUCUACGGGAACGCCAGCUGCGCCUUCACAACGACAUGCACAAAGGCAUGGCCAGGUACGUCUGCUCCAUUUGCGACCAAGGAAACUUCCGGAAACAUGAUCACGUACGGCACAUGAUAUCCCACCUGUCAGCCGGAGAGACUAUCUGCCAGGUCUGCUUUCAGAUUUUCCCCAAUAACGAACAGCUGGAGCAGCACCUUGAUGUUCACCUAUAUACCUGUGGUGUUUGCGGAGCCAAAUUUAACCUGAGGAAAGAUAUGAGAUCUCACUAUAAUGCCAAGCAUUUGAAACGAACAUGAGCGCAGAACAAAUUGGUGAACGCAAAAGAGAGCACCAAAGCAAGCCACCAAUAGCAUGGAAAUGAAAUUAAAU